AUGCCUCAGACGGAUCUCAACCGGAGAGAUUCUAUUUUUCAUCGGUCCUGGUCCUUGAAGUGGAAGUGCUGGAGCAUCGACCAAAAAGUCUUUCAUCUCCUCGCGAAGCCGCCUGGUCCGCCCCUCGGCGACACUUUGCAGCGGAUCGACGGCAAGGGUGAGUCCGCGCGGGUCCGCUUUUGUGCAGCAGACGUACCGCAGCAGAGAGAGCUGGCAAACGAGCAGAUCUUGCGACUCGUCGGAGAGAAUUGCGUCAAACAGUGGCGAACCUGUGCAAGCGGUAUUGGACAACUAUGCUUUUGAGUGUAAGUAUGUUGCAAUGCACAACUAGCACGAUCUUGAUUUGCGGAUGGAUUCACUAGUAGAGAGGCUAUGCAACUUAAACUUUCUGCCUACAACAGCUUCAGCGUAUGGAAGAAAUGAACUCUAUCUCAUACCUAUUUUCAUAAAUAUUUAUAUACAUCAUGUACAUAUUGCGAUUUGAUGUCUCUUUCAUCAAGCAACUACAACUUGAAUAUUUAGUAUAAGUAUACUUAGUAUGAACCUUCAUGAAUUUGGCUGCCCGCGAGGUGCUUGUGCGCAACACAUCUCAGCGUGAUGUUGGCAUAUACGUCGACCGCAUCCCAGCCCUGGACCUCUUCGCGUAA